AUGUACGGUUCAUUUGGUUCAUACAGCUCCAUGAGCCUCGGCGGCUCGGGCCCCAUCAACAUCUACACCAGCGUCACCUCCCGCGACGAAUCCUGCGCCUUCCCCUCGUGGCCGCGCCGCUCAUCCCUCAGCGGCCGCAGCGCCGACGCCUCCUACGAACCCCCCGCCAGCUCCUACCUCUCCGACGACGACCUCUUCCUGGACGACGACCGCAGCAGCGGCAGCGAGGCCGAGGACAGCCGCAGCGUGUCGAGCAGCGCGGGCAGCGCCUCGCCGCCCACGCUCGGCCUGGUGCUCGCCUCGCCGGCGCGCCAGCUGGCGCCCAGCGAGGCCGAGAUCCUCGAGACGCAGCGCCGACGCCUCAACAUGCGCAAGGACCUGCUCCGCAUGGUGCAGCAGGAGAAGGAGCGCCGCAGACAACAACAGAAGAGCCGUCGCCCGGCGGUGCCCUCGAAGAAGAGCACCAGCGGCAAGGCGCGGAGCAGCUUGAUGGCUCCCAUCACCGAGGCCGACGAGUGA